AUGGCCGUCGAUCUGGCGACCCCGUUUCCGAAUCCAGUUCCCACUGCCCAGUCGGGACCAGAUCUGCUGAGGAACGCUUCAUGGAUUGAGGCCAACUGGCCCUACAUCAGCACGUUUAUGUGUCCCAUUUUCUUCCUCUUGCCCCUGGCCCUCAGCAAGUCGCCACGGCGUGCCAUUCAAAACCCCUACGUCCUGGGAUGGCUGGCGGUGGCCUUCUACUGCUGGCACCAGACAGAGGAGCAUGCCUACGACCUUCGUGGCUGGCGCUAUGCCUUUGUCCCAAACUUCAACCAUGGGCUCGGAGCCUUCCUGUUCAAGGAGUGCGACAAACUCGGGCACUUCUCCUGCCCCUUGGAUCCAACCCUUGCGCUUCAUGUCAACGUCUUCGUGGUCUGGGUCGGAUUUGUUGCAACCAUGCUUCUGGCCCACUACCUGGGCGGACCCUAUGCCUUCGCAGGACUCUGUAACUGGGGCAUGAGCGUGGUGAACGCCUUCGGGGGCCACCUGGUCCCGUUUCUCAUCGCUGGAUACAACCCAGGCUCUUUCCAGAGUUUCUUCAUGUUCUCAUUCGGCAUCUUUGCCAUCACCCGCUGCGGCAGGGGGUUUGCAGUGGCCUGCAUAGUCAACGGCAUCCUACUGCAUGUCAUCACUUUCGCCAUCGGCAUGAAUCUGAUCUUUAAGGCCAACUUCCCUGAGGAAACCAUCGCCGUCUUAAGUGUUCUCUGCUCUUGUCCCAUGCCACUCCUGUUCGCACGGCUCUUUGCGCCGAAGAAGUACGAGAAGCUCGAGGACAGCGACGACGACACGGGGUACUCGGAGUCGCCAUGA